UCUCCUCCUGGACGGAGCAGGUAGUCGGGGAUCCGCAGCGUCGGCUCACCAUCUCCGCGUCGCCGCCGCCUUUCCAUCCCAUCCGACGACGUGGGCGCUGCCCUCGCCUCACUUUCCAUCCUGCAGGCGCCCGGCGCCCCUCCGUCAAUCAACGUCCUCCCCCCUCCCCCUCCCCUUCCCCCUCCUUUUUUUUUUUUUGCUGCUAAUUGGGGCCUCUGUGCGGAACGCCAAACUGCCUUUUCCUUAACUACCUCAGCUCUCAGCCCAUUCCACCUCCCUUAAAGGGAAAAGGCAGGUUCCGCCUCCAAAGGUCUCAUCUCCUUCCCCGCCCUCAGUCCGCCCCACAGGAUCCCCCAAAUUGCAGCCCAUUCUCUUUCUAGCCUGACUCCGGAGGCGGAGGAUUCAGGCUCUCGGGGACCUUAGUAUAAGGCGUCCCUCCGACGUGGGAGGCAGUUUGGUCCCCUUCCCUUGCCCUUAGCUUCAAUUGCUCGGUCUUCCCUUCCCCACCCCUCGCACCCUUCGCCCUUUCACCCUGUUCUCCUUCCUAAGUGCCCCCCGGUCCUCCCCGCCCUGAUCGGCCCGCCCCUGUCUGCCCGCACCCUCGGCCCUCGCCUUCUAGCUCUGUCUCCUUUCCUCUCACCCCUCUGUCCCCUCUGGCUUCGCUCGCUCGCUCGCACGCCGCUCUCGCUCACUCUGUCGCCUGUGCGCUGUCCUCUUGACUGUCUUCUGCUACUUCUGUCCACUGUUCUUCAAAACCCUCUUCACUAUCUCCCCAAACUCAUCCAAAAACAACAAGUCAACCCGCCCCGCCCCAAAGCCCGUCCACUCGAAUUAAAAAAAAAAAGACAAAAAAAAAAAAACCCUAACUACGCCCCCAAUAUAAAAAGCCAGAACCAGCCUGACCCGAAUCCAAAAUUAGACCAAUGAUGAGAUUUCGUCAGCGCGGGAACAUGGCAAGAGGAGUCGCUUCAGGGUCGGCGGACGCGAGUGUCAGCACCCUACAACAGUCCCGCAGCAAGGAGGUGGGGAGUAGCAGCAGCAGCUUUGAGAUGGGUUUCCCAAUGAAGAAGAUGUUGCUGUUAUCACUCACCUUUUUGGCCUUUGCCUCGUGCUGCAACGCUGCUUAUCGCCCCAGUGAGACCCUUUGUGGUGGGGAGCUGGUAGACACUCUCCAGUUUGUGUGUGGCGACCGCGGCUUCUAUUUCAGCCUUCCUGGCAGGCCUCUGAGCCGUGUGAGCCGUCGUCUGAAUCGUGGCAUCGUGGAAGAGUGUUGCUUCCGCAGCUGUGAUCUGGCCCUGCUGGAGACCUACUGUGCCACCCCCGCCAAGUCCGAGCGAGACCUGUCAGCCUCUAUGAUGGUGCUCCCGGAAAACUUCCCCAGAUUCCCUGUGGGUAAGUUCUUCAGACUUGACACCUGGCAGAAGUCAGCCCGUCGCCUCCGGAGGGGCCUGCCUGCCCUCCUCCGUGCCCGCAGGGACCGGCUGAGAGCCCAGGCGCUGGAAGCGAUCAGAGAGGCCAAGCGUCACCGUCCCCUGAUCACCCUGCCCAGCGAAGACCCCAUCCGCAAGGAUGCCUCAUCUGAAAAACCCGCCAAUCAGAAGUAACCUGGGUGCCUGCCCUUCUGCCCCGGGAUCAGAUUCCUCUUCAUCCGUGCUCUCUCUUCUUUUCUCUUGAUAAAUUCGGCCUCUAUUCUUCCAAAGGUUUUUCUUCCAUGAUUCCCCGCUCCCCCACCCUCGCCGUAUACCACCUCAUCCCCUCUCCCCCCAUCCCUUGAAGCCAAGGGGCUUUGAGUAGCUGCCUCCCUGGUCAUCUCUAGGCAGCAUCUGACCACUACCCUAACACCAACAGUGUGGGCCGCCAUGCUUUCCGGGGCCUUGGCUUCACCCCGCUAUCACAUCUAUAGGAUGAGCCCAACACCCAAAGUCCCCAUGGGCUCAGCUAACUCACCAGCUUCCCCUCCUCUCCACCCACGCUCCUCAGUCAGAUUGGCCUUGGACUGUGUGACGUGGACUCCCACGGCAGGCAGCAGCAGGAGAGGGCCUCGCUCCCAACAGAGGCCAUGGGGUGCUGUGCCUCGGAAGGGAGCUCCCAGCGCCCAUUCCGCUGGGAGCUCAGCCAGGGAACGGGGACCCUGAGCCUCGCCUAUAGAUGUGAUGUCUCCCUACCCUACACUACUCAUCGGCACAUUCCAAAACUCAACCCCCAAACCACCCCGUUUUUUUGAACCAACCUCAUGCUCUCUUCUCCUUUCCCACAACCUACCAUCACUGAGGAGGAAUCCCCAGCCGACAGUCCAUUUGCAGGUUUCUGGUUCACUCACUUUUCUGCCUAACUACAAUAUUCCGUGCCUACUUGCACCUUUUAAUCAUCGCAAAGUGAGAGAGAGGCAGAGUAGGAUACACUAGAGAAUGGAGCAGACAGGUUGGGGUCCCCGUCCCCCAGGAGAGGGUGUCCAGCUGCCUUUUCCGGGGUUCACCUCAGUCUAGCCCAGGCCUAGACCUCAAGUCAUCUUUUGGCAGAAGAGCUCCAUCCGGCUGACCCCUCUUUUGGGUGGCGUCAUCUAGGGGGACCCUGGUGCUCCUCCAUCAGUGUGUUUAUGGUGCUAAAGCGAGUUGGCGGGGACAGAGACAGACGGGAAGGAACACCUCAUCAGGGAAGGGCGAGAGGGCGAAUCCUGACCGACCUGGCAGCCGACUUUUCGCCUGUUGAAAAGUAGGAGAAUGCCGUUCUUCCGUCCUGGUUCCGAGGCACACGGUUUGGUGAACUCUCCCCCACUUUCCUCAUCACACAGACAUGAGCACACACACACAUGCAUGCACCCACACUCACAUCCAGGCAUGUGCCUUCACUCCCCAACACGCUGCACCCACACACGUACACACUCACACAUUUCUAUGAAGAGUUCCCAAACUCUGGCAGACACCCCCAGGUUUGUGCCCUCGGGAUCUGGCAUUCUCAGGCUUCCCUGGCAGAUGGUUCACCCUCUCGGACUUCCGCCUUCCCCUCAGAGCUCCCGCCAACCCCCCUUCUCUCUCACAGCAGGUAGCUUUUUUAAUUUUUUCCAUAGCUUUCUUCAGUGCCGCUCUGUGUCAUCCUCUACCUACCAAAAUCAGUCCCUUGGCCUCCAUUUUUUUCUCCCUUCCCCGCCCCCACCCCCAGCGCCUCUAGUCCCCUCCCCCCAUUCCUUCCCUGGCCCUGCCCCUUCUCGAAAGGUGGUGGGCACGGUCAGGCUGAGGGUGGGGAGGAGGGAGGAAUCCUGUUUUUAAGCCUAGUUUUCUUAAGGGUAGGAUUCCUCCUCUUGGGGCGACCACAAAAGCCAGAGCUGGGGGUGGCAAGAGGCUCCACUGUUCUGAUUCGGACCAUUUGGCUUCCCAUUUGGCCAGCUGGCUCCCCUGUCCAGCAGGCCCAGCCUGAGGAGGCAUUACCUCCUGGGGGUGCGCUCUGGCCAGCCGUCCUCCUGUGGGGAGGGCAGGCCGGAGUGAGAACCAGAACCCUGCCCCUCGCCUGGGCUUCCAAAUCUAACCUCCCAAAUAGCCAGACAGUCAACCAACCACCUUCCGCCCUCCUCUGCCCCAGUCCAAGGGGAGGCUCACAGUCUCCCUCUCAGCUCCUGGGUUCACUUUCUGUCUGUUUCUCAGUAACCGUGCAUCAUUGAGCCAAUAUAUGCCCUGAACAGAACGGCACUCCAAUCAGCAAGCCACAGACACGUACAACAACCAAAAACCUGGGGGAAGAUCAGCUCCUUUAUUUAUUUGGUAACGGAGGGAUACAUAUGUGUUCGAGGAAUGAGAUUGGUCCAAAGCCGAGGUGGGGGAGGAGGACCCCUGGCUCCUCCAGUCAGGCCCUUCAGCCACCAGCAGCCACCUGACGCUUCAUCCAGGUCCCCUUCCAGCUCCUCUCCAAAGACAGCUCCCUGCUCAAAAAACCAGGUCUGGGGAGCAUGCGCAGGAGCGGAACAGGGAUGAAGCAGGGGGAAGGAAAGAGUGGGGGUGCAUGGGGGUGGGGAUGUCUUUUUUUUUUUUUUGGAAGAGCGGGAAAUCAGAGAGAGUCAUGAAUGAAUGGCAGAAUGCAGGUCUAAAACCCAGGAGAGCAAAUUUUCAAAUUUAUAUCAACUUUUUUCUCACUGGGGUAUAUUUUCCUUCUCUCUUUUUUAAGGCAACGUAGUUUUGCUUUAAGGCAGGCACCAAACAGCUUGGAUAGUUUUUGCUUUGAACCAAAAAAAUAAUAAAAAUAAAAAUAAAAGCAAAAAAAAUUUAAAACACUAAAAAAGCCCAAAAAAAGGGGAGGCUUCAAAAAAGCCCUGGAGAUCCUCCACACCAUCUCCAGUGAAGGGUGUGAAGCGUCACCAGGCCCCUUCCAGAGGAUCUCUCUCCUGCCUCCUCAUAUAUCCACAUAUAAUCCUUUUUUUCUUAUUAACCUUAAUUAAGCUGAGAGCCAGUCCUGGAGGGGGGGCCAUCUCCCUCGAAGAUACCAGGAAGGGGAUGUCCCAUAGAGUGACAGCCCAGGCCUCCUCCAGCGCCUGUUUCCCGUGGAGCAAGGGCCCCCAGAGUCCUGCUGGGCAUUUCUUCUUCUUUUCCUCUUCUUUUCCUUUAUCGCUUUCUCCAGCACUUUGGGCUGAGAGCGCGGGUGGGGCGCCAUAUUGAUCUAUGUGUGACAGGGGAAUAUUGUUACUAUCCUGUUCGUAAGGGGGAGGGGGCAGAUGAUGAGAGUUGGGGGUCCCCGCCUUGGAAUGGUCCUACCAAGGUCAGGAACUGGGGAGCAGAGCUGAGCUUCUGGGUGCCUGCAGAGCCACUUCCCGGUGGGUGGUGAUGGAUCUCAUCACCCAGCCUGCAUGCCAGAAGGGUUGGGGGGCUGCAGGCAGGAAGGCUUCCAUUCUGUCGAGGAGAAAAGUGGCUCUCCUUUCAUGUCCUUUUUCAAGGCCUUAGGGACACAGCUCUUUCUAGCUCCCCACUCAACUCUCUCCCCAGCCUCCCCCAUUCCAACCCAGAGACACUGCUUCAGUCUCUUGUGAAAGUGCUUUGGUGGGAGAGAUCACGUCUGACAGUUGGUCACACCGUGGUUGGUCAGCAGGUUUCCUAGGACCCACAUAUCUACGGGUUUAGUGGCCAGGCCACCAGCUCCAAGGUCGAUAGGAGGGUGACUGGACUAAAAGGUUUCCCAACCCACCUUGGCUUUUAGUUCAGCCACUCUGCCAGAAAUUGUCUUCAACCAGCUUAGAGACCCAAAAUAAUCAACCUUGUGGGUUUCUUGGAGAGAGAGCCCUCUGGGGCCUCCUGCUAACCCCCAAAUAGAUGGCAGACACAUUUUAAAAACCUUGAUAAUGGGAAUGGUGGAGAGCGAUCUAAAUUGACCAGUCACAUACUUAUUAAAAUGUAAUUUUAUCCAAUCAAAUGUCUCAGCAAAAUCUCGGCAUCAAUUGCGCACCAAUUGGCUUCUUCUAAACCUAAUUAAAAUAAGAACCAAAACCAUCUCUUUGCUGAGGCACCUACCAUGUUAUCUAAAUUUGGAAUAUUUGAACUUCAAUUGGGCAUCAUCGGGUUAUGAAUUGGCUUCUGAAAACCUAAGAAAAUGCAUUUUUUAAAACUCUGCUGAGGUAGCAACAACCUUGGUGAAAUUAGAAUUGGGACACCAACUGGCUUCUAAAAGGCAAGACAAUUUUUAACAAAAGCAAUUCCAAAACUCUGUCCUUGGGCUGCUCCUCCAGCCAAGCAGAGCCCAGGGCAGAAGCACUACCAAUUCCUGGCAUCAUCUGGUGUCCUUGAGGCUGCCCCAUCUCCCACCUGGGCAGUUGCUCACUAAGGGGUUAGUCGCCCUUGGCCACCAUCGGCUAUGCCUUGCUGACCAGAGAAGCUUCAUUUCAGUGUGUUGCCCCACCCAGGGCCAUCCCAAGAUCAUGGCACUCUCUGCUGUCUUGACAUCCCCAGAUCGGACCCCUUCAUCUCCACCCUGGUCUUUGAUGGGUUUCCCCAGAUGCUUCUGGAUGACCCAAAGGGAGGGGUCCUUUCCUCUCCUGGCUUUGUCAUCACUCAAAGACCAUUAAACCUGGGGGUCCAAUACUUGUUAUUGGCUUCUGUUUUGUACAACAGGGGGUGGGGGGAGAUAUUGUAUCCAGGCUGAUGGAUUCAUUUAUGUAUGCUCAGCUUAAUUAAUAUGCAAAACUCUCUCUUCUCAAGUUUUGCAAAUAUUAUAACUUGCAUUAUCAAUAAAGCAACCACUUAUUCUUGC